GCUGCUGUACCCUGCUGUUUUGCUUCACGCUCUCUGACGACCCGCGAUGCCCUCCGUACCCGUAUAUCCGGAACACAACUUCGCGGUCUUCGCGCGCGACGCGAAGGACUCGCUCACACCAAAUGCGACGCAGCGCACGACGCUCAUCGUCGCAGGCUGCUACAUCAUCGCGAUCGCGAUUCUAUGGCACUUGCCAUAUGUGUCCGCUAUAAUCUAUCCAUUCAAGUUGUUGACUGUUGGAUUCCAUGAGAUGAGCCAUGCUUUUGCUGGUGUCCUCACAUGUGCACACAUACACUCUAUCGAACUGGACCCGGAUGAAGGUGGCGCGACACGCAUGUCGGGCGGGAUACCGUGGAUAACGCUCCCCGCCGGCUACCUCGGGUCGUCGCUCAUCGGCGCCGCGCUCAUAACGUGCGGCUUCAACGAGAACGCGAGCAAGAUUGCGUCGCUUGCGCUUGCCGUCUUCUUCAUCUUCACCCUCUGGUGGGCGCGGCGGAACUGGCUGACGUGGCUGUUGAUUCUCGGCAUGUCCGGACUGAUCGUCCUCUUCUGGUUCGUUGCUGGGGGCAUUGCCCUAAGAUUCUUCGUCCUCUUCAUCGGCGUCAUGUCCUGCAUGUACGUCUUAUGGGAUGUCGUUGACGACACGAUCGCACGAAAGGUCAACGGCUCAGACGCGUCCGCGUUCGCCGAAAUCUGCGGCUGCUGUCCCUCGCAAGUCUGGGGCGUCAUCUGGCUCAUCCAGGCCUUUGCGUUCUUCGCCGCCGGCAUCGUCAUCGGCCUCGUCGCCUUCAAGCAAUCCGCAGCCCAGCAAAAAACAGACUCGGAGCACUUCCUGCCCGUCCCCGGGUCGAGCGGCGCGCUGCCGCAGCUCGUCCCUGCGGGGCUCCCGCUGCUGUGUGCUGCAGCGACGGUCGCGGUGCUGCUGCACCGAUGGUAGUCCUUUAUGGGGCUUCGACCGGCGGGAUGUGAGGACUUUUCUUAGACUUUUCUUGUGAUUCGUUGGACUUGCUUUCUUGCUUGUUUCGUGCUGCUGUAUGCGUAUCCGUACCCAAGAAUAAAAC